AUGGGUAGUACCUCUAGCCGUGAGUGGUUUGAUCCCUACGCGAUCAACACCCCGCUUGCCGGUGUGUGCGCGGUCUCAUGCCUCUUCAACAGCGUGCUGAAUGGCAUGCUGAGGAUUUCGAACAUCUACACCAACGUCACCCUGCUUAUUCUCCUCGGCUGUUCCACUGGGUUGAGCAACUCGCUGCAGAUGCCGCUGCUAGGCGCGCAGGCAGGUCUCACAGCAUCGCUGCUAUUCACUUUGGGCGCGCCAAUGAAGAUUCUCUUUACGAGUCGACUCUUUCCGCGUCCCGUGCACUACGGUAUUGGUGCUUUUUACACCACCUACCAUGCGAUGCAGGUGAGGAGGGAGUUGGACUACUUUGAAGACGCAGGGGAAGACGCCGAGGAUGAGGUGUUUUAG